AUGAAUGGAGUUGUGGUGGCGGUAGAAGGAGGAGAAGGUCAUGCCGCGAAGGAGAUCAGCAUCACUCCUCCCAAGAAGCUCCUUCCCAAGCUGCGCAACUCCAAUGGCACAUCGAAGACAGGGGAUGAGAACGGAGGAGAGGCUGGCGGAGAGGUGGGGAGUCCAGCGAACGGAGACAGCCAUCCCACGGAACACGAAGGUUCGAAUAGUGACUUGUUGAGCAAUGGCCGUGGCUCCCACUCCAGCUUCAGGAAGAGGCGCAAGGAUACGACUCUAAGAAAGUCGCUGUAUCGAUUUGGAAGGACCAAACCUGGGUAUGACCCCAAGACAGAUUACGACGCCAUUCUUGGCGUUGCAGAAUAUAGCCAUGUGAACAUAACGAAAGUCAAAAUUGUUUGCAGACAGUUGAUCUCUCAGUCAACAUUGUUUCGUCAAUUCUGCAAGUUCGCUGGAUUCUUCACGAUCAUGUUUGUAGUCAUCUUGAUGCAGAGAAAUGCAUAUGCUACCAACGGAAUGAGAUCUGCCGUGAUGAAUGUGUUGGUGGAGCCUCCUUACCGAGAUACAUCCUAUCAGUUCAAGACUUGGUACGACGUGGCCUCGGUUGAAGAUUGCACAUACUACAACGACAAAGUAGCCAGCAAGAUCGAUCAGCAAGUCGUCAUGUCGCAUAUUAGGCUGAAUGGUGGUUUCCGUAUCACCCAACGCAGGGCCCCGAAGUUCAAGCCCUUCCAAAGCACUUGCUAUGGUCAGACUUACCUGGCUGCGCGAUGUUGCGGGGCAGUCGACAAAUCUCCUUUCAGGGGCGCACAGAACUCAAGCAUCGUGUACACAUACGAGUCCAAGUCAAUCUUCGAGAACGGUUACUAUGAGUACUUCGGGGGCCUCGGUCAGCUGGAGGAGAGCCGGACGAAGAUGCAGAGUUUGAGGGACAACCUGUGGGUCAACAACGGGACAAGGUGGCUCAGGACGGACUUUGUCGGUCACAAUCCCAACUUGGGUCUGCUGAUGCAAGUAGAGUUGUACGCGGAGAUCUCGCUGGGGGGGCAGGUCACGACCUCCUACUUCAUCGAGGCCAUGGAGAUCAACAAGUACGCUUGCAGGACUGACUACAUGCGGCUGGGGCUCGAGCUGGUUUUCCUUACUUGCUUCCUGGGGUACCUGGUGCAGGAGAUUAGAGACUACAGCGUCCUCAGAGCCAUGAACCAGAGCUACACUUCCAUCCUGUUGAACUUCUGGACGAUCUACGACUGGAUCUACUUCAUCCUCAUCGCCAUCCUCAUCGCCAUCCGUGCCUACAUGAUCUUCACGCCUCUCGCACCGAAUUUGAGGGUCACGGCCGAUGGAAUCUUCUCUGGGACUGAAAGGCUGGAGCUGUCCAUGUCGUCGACGAUCGUCGAGUCUUACUUCACCCUCUGCGGUAUCGUCGCAGCGCUGUCAACCAUCAAGCUGCUGAACUACUUCCGGAUCAACAUCCACCUCUCUGUCCUCACACAAACUCUCGUCCUCAUGCGCAAGGAAAUCCUCCAGUACCUCCUCAUCAUCGUCUGCCUGCUCCUCCUGUGGUCCAUCAUCGCUGUUUCUAUCCUGGGGUAUCGCAACCCGAACUUCAGCACCAUCGGGGCAGCCUUCGAGUCCAUGGUCCAGCUCUUCCUCGGGCUGAGUGGGAGGGAGCUGGUCUUUGACAGCCUUCCCAAGGACGAGACGGGAAAUGGCCCAGCAGAAGCUUUGCUCUUCUACUACAUCUUUCUCAUCGUCAUGGUCUUUGUGGCUCUUAACGUCAUGGUUGGUAUCAUCAUGGACGCUUAUUCCAAUGUCGUCGCGCAGUUCGAGCGAAUGUCAAAUGAGGACGGUCUUGCAGUUCUUGUCAACCACCUCUUCCUCGAUCAAGUCCUUCACGAGAUUGUGGUGUUCAAGGCGAGGAUCAUGUCGAGAUUCUCGAGGAGGGCGUACGCAAAAUAUUCCAAGAUGAUCAGCACGGACAACAUGCUGACGUUGAUGCAAGAGUUGGACAUGGCGACAGGCAACUUCAGCCAGGUGGACAUGCCGUCAGAGUCCGACAACAUCAAGGCCAAGCCUGAGAUCGGAUUUUAUCACCCCUACCUGCACACGACCAGCAGCGACGAGCAGGAGGAGCCGAUCAUCCUCCCUACAACCUUCGUCUUCAAGUCCUUGAAGAACUUCGCCGACGAGCACGAGCUGGCCAGGAGGUUGGACGAGCUCGACGCGUUCUGUGCGGAUCCUCUGCUGGCAUCGGAGGAGGAUAUCAAUCGGGACGACAUCAAAGAGAACGAGCACGAGAUCCUGAAAGUCGUCGAAGAGGCGAAGCAGCGUUCUUCCCAAAUCAUCACGGACAUGAAGAAGACCAUCCAGAAACUCGACCUGCUGGACACAGUGCUGGAGACAAACAUCCCACAAGAGCUCCAGAUCCUGGACUAG